AAGUUUCAUUUAGUCGCUAAUCUGUCAAAAGUCAAAACAAACACUUUUAGGUUAUGUUAUCUGUCAAUCGAUAGUAAAAAUCGGAAAAUGCCUUUUCUAGAGUGGAGGAAAUUCACAUUUUGCGAUUUAAAAGAAAAAGCGGACGAUGGAAAAUUAUCAAUCGCAUUAAAGGAUGUAGAAAUAUCCGUUUGGACAAGUGGAAAUAACCAAAUAGUUCUGGGAGACACAAAAGGUUAUAUUUAUUUAAUAUCAAGAUCUUGGAUUGUAACCACGUUUAAAGCGUAUGCUUUAAAAGUACAUUUAGCUUAUCAACUUAAAAAUGAACCGUAUUUAAUUACAAUUGGGGAUGACGAACCUGGGAUAAAUCCUACCCUUAAAGUGUGGGAUUUAAGUCAUUCCGAUAAAACAGACACCCCGUUUUGUAGUCGCGUAACAAGAACCAUUCCAAAUAAUCGUCCAGUACAAGCAAACGCUUUAUGUGUCCAUGAAAAUCGGCAGUUAUUAGUCGUUGGUUUUGCCGAUGGAUCAAUAUUACUUUAUCGAGGUGAUAUAACUCGCGAUAGAAGUUCGAAAGGAAAAAUAUUAAAAGAUGGUGGACCUCCCGUUACCGGUCUUUCUUUUAAAUCAACAUCAUCCGCUAUAUUACUAUUCAUUGCAACGGAAGUUUCCGUUUUCGUUUAUAACAUUACACAAAAAGAUAAAGAACACAAAAUUCAUUUAGACACAAUUGGUUGUUCGAAAAAUUGUAGUGUUCUCGCCGAAUCAAUACAAGAAAGUCAUUUUGUAAUAGCCGCGGAAAAAGCGGUUUAUUUUUAUACUUCCGAUGGAAAAGGUCCUUGUUAUGCUGUUGAUGGCGAAAAAAUAAUUUUAGAAUGGUUUAGAAGUUAUUUAGUGAUCGUUUCAAAAUCAAAUAAACCUCAAAACGAUUUAUCGAAUAUUGAGCCACACUCAAUCACCGUUUACGAUAUUCAAAAUAAAUUUAUUAUUUUUUCGGCUAAUAUAAAAGCGGUUAAAGCUGUUUUUAAUGAAUGGGGGGCUUUGUACAUUUUAGAUUCCGAACACAAUGUGUAUCAUUUAGACGAAAAAGAUUUACAAACUAAAUUAUCGCUUUUAUUUAAAAAGAAUUUAUACGAUUUUGCAAUAAGAGUUGCGAAAUCGGAGCAAUACGAUUCAGAUGGAUUGGUUAAUAUUUUCCAACAAUACGGUGAUCAUUUAUAUUCGAAGGGUGCGCAUUCAAGUGCUAUUGAGCAGUAUAUAAAAACGAUUGGGAAAUUAGAACCUAGUUAUGUAAUAAGGAAAUUUGUCGAUUCGCAACAUAUUGAGUCGUUAACAACUUAUUUAGAGGCUAUCCACAAACAAGGACAAGCUAACGAAGAUCACACAACGUUACUUUUAAAUUGUUUUACUAAGUUAAAUAAAACUGAUAGUUUAAAAGAAUUUAUUUUAAUGAAAGAUGGGGAAGCUAAAUUCGAUGUUGAUAUAGCGAUUAAAGUAUGCCGACAGGGUAACCCACAAGAAGCUUUAUUAUUAGCCAAAGAACAUAAACGUCACGAUUGGUACAUUAAAUUAUUAAUCGAAGAUCAUAAAAAAUACAACGAUGUCGUUGAGUACAUUUCAACUUUAUCGUUUAAAGACGCCGAAAGUUUCAUGAAAAAAUAUGGAAGUAUUUUAAUUCAAAACGCCCCUUACGAAAGUACACAAUUUUUAAAACGAUUAUGUACUAAUUAUAACGCAACGGAGACCAUAUCGACCAUCGAUAUGUUGGAGGGAGUUCAAAAAGCGGACGCCGAAGAUUACAUUCAUUUAUUCUUGAAUAAUUCGACGCGUCUGGUUGAAUUUUUAGAACAUUUAAUUCAACAGGAUUGUUUUUUGAGUUCGCCGGUUUACGAUACGCUUUUAGAACAUUAUUUACACGUUUGGGGCGCGGAGAAAGAGCGACCCGAAAAGGAGAAAUGGUCGCAAAAAAUUUUGAAACUUUUACAAAACUCCGAUACUAAAUGCGAUAAACCGCAAGCUUUAGUUCUGUGUCAUAUGCAUGGCUUUAGUAAAGGGAUUUUGUAUUUGUAUGAAGAACAAAAGUUGUAUCAACAAAUUUUAAGAUAUCAUAUGUCCCGAGGCGAUACAAACGCCAUUUUAUCAUGUUGCAAACGCUACGGCCAACAAGAACCUUCAUUAUGGACAUAUGCUUUAUUUUAUUCCGUUCAAAAUGAAGAAAAUCCCCCAUUGGAUAUUUUACCAGAAGUAUUAUCAGCAAUAGCAAAAGAACAACUACUUUCCCCACAAUUUGUAAUCGAAGCAAUCGGAACUGGUAAAGCCAACAUAAAUUUAGGUCACAUUUCAUCAUACAUAAUGUCUGAAUUUAAAAAAGAACAAGAUAUCAUAGAUUCAGAUUCCGAGUUAACGCGUAAAUAUAACAAAGAUAUUGAAAGUUUACGCGAUCAAUUGGAAACGUUAAAAAAUGGUCCGACUGUUAUUCAAGGGUCUCGUUGCGCCGCUUGUACUCAUCAAUUAGAAUUGCCGAGUAUUCAUUUUUUGUGUCAACAUAGUUUUCAUCAAAUAUGUUUCCAAAGUUAUUCGGAAAAUGAAAAAGAAUGUCCCGCGUGUCAACCCGAAAACAAAAAGAUUAUCGAACUUUUAAAAGCAAAAGAAAACACGAAAGAUUUAAACGAAACUUUUCACUCCGAACUAGAUAAACGCAGCGACGGGGUUAGUUUGGCUGCGGAAUAUUUUGGAAGAGGCGUUUUUAAUAAAAUUAAAAUAAUCACCGAUAACGUCGAUAACGUUCUAGAUAAAAUAAAACCGGUUGAAAAAGUUUCGAAUACUUCAAGUUAUGGAAAUUACGGCCCCGGAGCUGAAGCGAAAAUCCGACAAAUCGAAAACGCCAGGGGUUCCCCGAUGAUUCAAGUCGUUAGUGAGGGAAGAAUUCGGUUACAAGAGAAAAAUAUUUCUUCAAUUAUGGAGGUAAACACUUCCGUUCCAAUUAUGACAAGGAAAGAGCCACCGAAAAAGGCCGUCAUACAAAGCACGAAUCCUUUUGAGGAGUAUGACGAAUCGAAAGAUCCUUUUGCUGAAGGCGGUGAUGAUGAAGAUGAUGAUAAAAAUCCUUUUAAAAAUGAUGUUGAUAAAAAUUCUAAUCCUUUUGAAAUGUAAUUAAUUAUUAACGAAAAUAUAUGAAAUUUAUUUUCACUUCUCACAUAUACGAAGUGUAUAAAGAAGAA